AUGAACCAUAACGUGGUUCUCUGCCUGGUUAUUUCGAGCAUUGCUGGUUUAGCGGACUCGAUAUGGAACGGGACCAUAUUCGCUGGUUACCUGUACGUUAUAUCAAACUCUUCCAACACCAAAGUUGGUGUGGUGGAGGCUGUGCUGGGAGCCUCAACCUUGGCGUUCGCGCUUCCUGUGGGGUGGAUAGCCGACAAGACUCCCAGGCAUCGCAUCAUCGCUGUGGGAGGGCUGGCGUACCUUGCGGCCAUCUCCUUGACUGUGUACGCCGUCUGGCCGGGCAACGCAGUCACGGCAGAAAAAGAGUACCAGCUCCUCCUCUUCUCGGCCAUCGUCUGGGGGUUCGCCAAUGGAGUGUUCACAGGUCCCGUGCAAGCUCUCUUUGCUGAUUGCGUGCCUGAUGGAAAGAGGAGCACGUGGUACAACUAUCAGUUCCUCUCCUACCUCAUCCCCUCCUCCGUAGGCCCAGCGACGAGCAUCGUCCUGUUCAAGGUCUGGGGGAGCGAUCAGUGGACGCAGGAUGAACUUCGACGAGUCCUCCUGGCCGGCGUCCUGCUUGAGAUUCCAGUCGGAUUCUUGCUGAUGUUGUUCCGGCCAUCAGAGGAUGCAGCUCAAAACAGAGCAGGAGGAGGAGGAGGAGGAGGAGAAGCGGGUGCUAGUGCUGGUGCUAGUGCAGGUGCUGGUGCUGGUGCUGGUGCUGGUGCUGGUGCUGGUGGAGGUCAAGGAGAAAUUGAAACAAAUAACACUGAGCUCGAAACUCCCGUCGAGGACAGUGAGAAGCAGGAGGUCCGAUCUUGCGGCUGUCUCACUCGCGCAUCAAUCCCUUACAUCCUCUUCGUCUCCGACCUCCUGGUCGCGCUGGCUUCCGGUAUGACUAUCAAGUUCUUCCCCCUCUUCUUUAAGAGCAAGGAGCACGGCGUCGGACUCUCUCCUGCUCAGGUCCAGGGGAUCUAUGUCUCGGUUCCUAUCCUCAUCGCCAUCUUCUCCACUUUCGCUCAGUUCCUGUCAAGGAGGAACAGCGGCACUCGUGGAUGGUGA